AUGGUCGACAUCAAUCCGGCCGCUCUAAGCCGGCCUUCGAUUAGCUUGUCGACGCCAGUGCUGUCAAAACAGUCCAUCAAUGUCUCGACUUUGUCAUCAAUACCCAAAGCCCCCAAGACCAGCCAGCUAAUACCGGCCCGCAUCGACCUCGAACCAAUCUAUGCACCAUUAAAAGCUAGCAUUGGCGCGGAACAAUGGCCUGUCUACAAGGAGACCAUCACCAAUUUCCUAAACGGCCGUCUCAACCAAGUCGAGUUCAGCGAACGCAUCGACCCCAUCCUCGCCUCCCCCGAUGGCCACAAAGAACACCUCCACAACCAGCUUGUGGCCGCCAUCUACGGCAAUGUCACGCGAGAGAUGCCCGACCAGGGCCUCGCGCCCUGGGUCAGCGCGAAUGACAAGCCGUCGGCGGCCGGCGGGAACAAGCCGGUGUCUGGAGAUGCGGCCGAGCGCAGGCUCAAGGGGGAGGUCAUGCAGCUUCCGGCGCGUGACCGGCGGCGCAUCAAGGACCUUGCUCUCAACGAUUUUGACCCAUUCGAGUCCCUAGCCAACGUCUUCACCGACCAUGCCCGGAUACGGCCCCCUAAACCAGCCGAGGUACCAGCGAGUGCAGGCGGCGCACUAAGUCGAAUGAACUUCGACCUCGAAAUUAGGAAACGCUACGCCCAACCACUAGCCAUCGAAUCCGGCGAAUUCCCCGACAUCAGCAACAUCGAAGCGCGCAUGCUCCCCCACUGCUACGAAGCCGGCCUCGCAUCAGGCCACGCGCCAGACGCCGCCCAAUUCAUGUCCAUCGCAACCGAGACCUUCAUCAAAGAAGUCCUCUCCUCCAUCUUCAGCCGCACGCGCAGCAACCCGCCCGGCGACUCAGGCAACGCCGGGUUCGGCCCCAACAACAACUGGAUCCUGACCCACAAAUACCGGCGACAGCUGGCGCGUGAGGAGGAGGCGUUCCAGCGCGGCGAGGUCACGCGUGAUAAGACGGGCUUGCUGCCGGUCGAAGCUAAGGCCGCGAGCGAGCGUGGGCCUUUGGGGAUUGCGGAUCUGCGGUUGGCACUGGAGAUGGGCGAUUGUGGGUUGGCGAAUUUCCCUAUCAUCAGCACGUCGGUUAUCUAUGGGUAUCGGGAGGGCGAGCUAGAAAAGUGGAAUGAUUACACGUACGUGGACGGGCGGGAGCGGGUGACGGAUGUGGAUGGGGAUGUUGAGAUGGGCGGGGUGAACGAGACUAAGCCUGGGACCGGGGCUGGGGCCGGGGCUGGGCCUGCGAGCGUCGGCGGGCCGGUGGUGAAAACGGCUGCUGCUGAGCUGCUCACCAAUGGGGUCGGUCAUGACGAUCUUAUGGAUAUUGACGACGAUCUGUGGUGGGAAGGCGCUGAGAACACGGACAGCAGUUUCCUUGAUGGGGUGCUGGAUUCGUGUCUUGCGGUGGGUUGA